UAGCGUGUUGUGUCCAUCUGCUGUCCAUGUUAGCAUGUCCUUAGCAUGUUGCCUGAUCCCAGUACGUCACUGUGCUCCUGCAUUUCCCCGAUCCCAGCACCAGGGGGCAGCAGUGCCCCGUGUUCCCUCACCACCCCAUGUCCUUAGCGUGUCCUUAGCGUGUCCUUAGCGUGUCCCUCCCCGCAGACCAACAAGAAGACGGGGCAGCCCAUGAUCAACCUGUACACGGACCGCGAGACGGGCAAACUGAAGGGCGAAGCCACCGUGUCCUUCGACGACCCCCCCUCCGCCAAAGCCGCCAUUGAUUGGUUUGACGGCAAAGAAUUCUCCGGCAACCCCAUCAAGGUUUCCUUCGCCACCCGGCGCGCCGACUUCAACCGCGGCGGCGGCGGCGGUCGAGGAGGACGCGGGAGGGGAGGCCCCAUGGGGCGCGGAGGAUUCGGCGGCGGCGGCGGCUCCGGAGGCGGCAACCGCGGCGGCUUCCCAAGCGGCGGCGGCGGUCAGCAGCGUGCAGGGGAUUGGAAAUGUCCCAAUCCGGCCUGCGAGAACAUGAACUUCUCCUGGCGUAACGAAUGCAACCAAUGCAAGGCGCCCAAACCCGACGGCCCCGGAGCGCCGCACAUGGGAGGAAAAUACCCCGGCGGAGGCCGAGGGGGGAACCACAUGGGAGGAGGCGGAGGAUUCGGAGAGGAGCGGCGCGGAGGGCGAGGAGGAUUUGAGCGCGGGGGGUUCAGAGGAGGAAGAGGAGGAGAGAGGGGGAACUUCCGAGGAGGACGAGGCGGCGAGAGGGGAGGAUUCGGGCCCGGCAAGAUGGAUUCCAG